AUGCUUCGGAUCAGUCGCCGGUGGCUCUCGCUCCGGUUCUUCACCAAAGAUGGGUGCAAGCUCUGCUCGGACGCCGACGGUGUGUUGACGACGACCCUCAAACAGUUCCCCCAGGUGCCGCUCGAGAAAAUCGACAUCACCGACCCGGCCAACCAGGAGUGGUUCGACAAGUACUGCUUCGACGUGCCGGUGCUUCACGUGGAGCGGGACGGGGAGGCGCCAGUAAAGUUCAUGCACUACUUCCACGAGGAUAAGAUAGCCGGCGAGUUGAAGCGAUAG